UUCAAAUCAUUUCUUCAACUCAAUUUUGUAGAAAACAAGAACAGCUGAAACUUGCAAGGGGAGAGGGAGAGGAGGUAGAUGGAGGUUGUGAAUAAAAUUGGUACAACGAAGCAGGGUGAGGAGGCGGGUACCACGUGCUGGCUUUCAUUGAUAGGCCCUUCACAGUGGCAGUAUUUAUGGUUAGAGACCCCCAACCAAUACGAACCAAACCCACAUCUACUUCCCUUGUGCUUAAUGAUAAUAAUACUCACUCAGCAUUAAACUGCUGUUGCACCCCAGAUUUGCAUGUUCCCAUUGUUCUGAUUCCUACUCUGCUGCUGAAUUCUUGUUUCCUUUUUCGGUUUUCUCCGCUGCCGGCAAUUCUGCUCUUGAAAUCAUAUAAUGCUUCAGUGAGUGAAGCCAAUCGGGUUGAUUAGAGAUAAGAAUUUUGAAGCCUCUCUCCGUUCUGGGCUCUUCUCUGAAGGCACUACAAGAUGUCAGAAGCCCAGAGGAGGCCAAUGACAGUCGGUGUGAAGCCUGCGAAUGGCUACAUAAAUGGAGCUGCUCCGUUGAGGUCUCCUAGUAUCGUACCUCAGGUGGAUGAGUUCUGCCGUGCCCUUGGUGGAAAGAGGGCAAUUCAUAGUAUUUUGAUUGCCAACAAUGGGAUGGCAGCUGUUAAGUUUAUCCGUAGCAUUAGAACAUGGGCUUAUGAAACAUUUGGUACAGAGAAGGCAAUUUUGUUGGUGGCAAUGGCUACUCCGGAGGACAUGAGAAUAAAUGCAGAACAUAUAAGAAUAGCUGAUCAAUUUGUUGAAGUCCCUGGUGGAACUAACAAUAAUAACUAUGCCAAUGUGCAGCUCAUUGUUGAGAUGGCUGAGAUAACACGUGUUGAUGCUGUCUGGCCUGGUUGGGGCCAUGCAUCUGAAAAUCCAGAGCUACCUGAUGCUUUAGGUGCAAAAGGAAUUGUAUUUCUGGGGCCACCAGCUGCAUCAAUGGCUGCAUUGGGAGAUAAAAUUGGGUCAUCGUUGAUUGCACAAGCUGCAGACGUGCCGACUCUUCCAUGGAGUGGCUCUCAUGUGAAAAUUCCUCCAGAGAGCUGUUUGGUGACUAUUCCAGAUGCCACUUAUCAGGAAGCAUGUGUUCAUACAACAGAAGAAGCAAUUGCUAGCUGUCGAGUUGUGGGUUACCCUGCAAUGAUUAAGGCAUCUUGGGGUGGAGGUGGCAAAGGCAUAAGGAAGGUCCAUAAUGAUGAUGAGGUCAAGGCUUUAUUCAAGCAAGUUCAGGGUGAAGUCCCUGGCUCCCCCAUAUUUAUAAUGAAGGUUGCUUCCCAGAGCCGACAUCUUGAAGUCCAGCUUCUUUGUGAUCAAUAUGGAAACGUUGCAGCUUUGCACAGCCGUGAUUGCAGUGUGCAAAGGAGACACCAAAAGAUUAUUGAAGAGGGUCCAAUUACAGUUGCUCCCCUUGAGACAACAAAGAAACUUGAGCAGGCCGCUAGAAGGUUGGCCAAGUGUGUAAAUUAUGUUGGAGCUGCAACUGUGGAGUAUUUGUACAGUAUGGAAACCGGGGAAUACUACUUUUUGGAGCUAAACCCACGGCUACAGGUGGAGCACCCUGUCACAGAGUGGAUAGCUGAGAUAAAUCUUCCUGCAGCACAAGUUGCAGUUGGGAUGGGCAUCCCUCUGUGGCAAAUUCCAGAGAUACGGCGAUUUUAUGGAAUGGAACAUGGUGGAGGAUAUGAUGCUUGGAGGAAGACAUCUAUUGUUGCUACGCCAUUUGACUUUGAUAAGGCAGAGUCAACAAAGCCGAAAGGUCAUUGUGUCGCAGUUCGUGUGACAAGUGAAGACCCUGAUGAUGGUUUUAAGCCAACAAGUGGAAGAGUACAGGAACUCAAUUUCAAAAGUAAGCCAAAUGUGUGGGCAUACUUCUCUGUCAAGUCUGGAGGAGGUAUUCAUGAAUUUUCAGACUCUCAAUUUGGGCAUGUAUUUGCUUUCGGAGAGUCCCGUGCUUUGGCCAUUGCAAAUAUGGUUCUUGGGCUUAAAGAAAUUCAAAUCAGAGGAGAAAUUCGUACAAAUGUUGAUUACACUAUUGAUCUCUUACAUGCUUUAGAUUACAAGGAAAACAGGAUCCACACAGGAUGGCUAGAUAGCAGAAUAGCGAUGAGGGUCAGAGCUGAAAGACCCCCAUGGUAUCUUUCAGUGGUUGGAGGAGCCCUUUAUAAAGCUUCUGUUAGUAGUGCAAAUACAGUUUCGGAAUAUGUUGGUUAUCUUGAGAAAGGACAGAUUCCCCCCAAGCAUAUUUCAUUGGUCAAUUCUCAAGUUUCACUAAAUAUUGAAGGAAGCAAAUAUACAAUUAAUAUGGUCAGAGGAGGUCCUGGAAGCUACAGAUUAAGGAUGAAUGACUCGGAGAUUGAAGCAGAAAUACAUACUCUACGUGAUGGAGGUCUUUUAAUGCAGCUGGAUGGAAACAGUCAUGUUGUAUAUGCAGAAGAGGAGGCAGCUGGAACACGCCUGCUUAUUGAUGGACGGACAUGCUUGCUUCAGAAUGACCAUGAUCCGUCCAAGCUGGUGGCAGAGACACCAUGCAAGCUACUUAGGUAUCUGGUUGUGGAUGGCAGCCAUGUUGAUGCCGACACGCCUUAUGCAGAAGUUGAGGUCAUGAAGAUGUGUAUGCCCCUUCUUUCACCUGCAUCUGGGAAGAUCCAUUUUAAGAUGUCUGAAGGUCAAGCAAUGCAGGCUGGCGAACUUAUAGCAAGGCUUGACUUGGAUGACCCUUCAGCUGUAAGGAAAGCAGAACCCUUCCACGGUAGCUUCCCCAUUCUGGGACCCCCAACAGCCAUAUCAGGAAAAGUUCAUCAACGGUGUGCUGCAAGUUUGAAUGCGGCUAGAAUGAUUCUUGCUGGAUACGAGCAUAACAUUGAUGAGGUAGUUCAAAGCUUGCUCAGCUGCUUGGACAAUCCUGAGCUCCCUUUCCUUCAGUGGCAAGAAUGCUUUGCUGUUCUGGCAAAUAGAUUACCGAAGGAACUCAGAUAUGAGUUGGAGACAAGAUAUAGGGAAUUUGAGGGAAUUGCCAAUAUGCAAAAUGUUGACUUCCCCGCGAAGAUUUUACGUGGUGUUCUUGAGGCCCAUUUAAAUGCCUAUCCUGAAAAAGAAAAAGGUGCCCAAGAACGAUUGAUUGAACCUCUGAUGAGUCUUGUCAAGUCCUAUGAGCGUGGCAGAGAAGGCCAUGCUCGCAUCAUAGUUCAGGGCCUUUUUGAGGAGUAUUUAUCUGUUGAAGAAUUAUUCAGUGACAAUAUACAGGCUGAUGUGAUUGAACGCUUGAGACUUCAGUAUAAGAAAGAUCUCCUCAAGAUUGUGGAUAUUGUACUUUCUCAUCAGGGUAUUAAGAGUAAGAAUAAGCUGAUACUACGUCUCCUGGAACAACUCGUGUAUCCUAAUCCUGCUGCAUAUCGUGAUCAGCUAAUCCGCUUUUCAACACUCAACCAUACUAACUACUCUGAGUUAGCAUUGAAGGCAAGUCAACUGCUAGAGCAGACAAAACUUAGUGAGCUUCGUUCUAGUAUUGCCAGAAGUCUUUCAGAGUUGGAAAUGUUUACUGAAGAUGGUGAGAACAUGGAUACUCCUAAGAGAAAAAGUGCAAUAAAUGAACGAAUGGAAGCUCUCGUGAAUGCUCCACUGGCAGUUGAAGAUGCACUUGUUGGUCUUUUUGAUCACAGUGACCACACACUUCAGCGAAGGGUUGUUGAGACCUAUGUCCGCCGGUUAUACCAGCCGUAUCUUGUACAAGGAAGUGUCAGGAUGCAGUGGCACAGAUUUGGUCUUAUAGCAUCAUGGGAGUUCUUGGAUGAGCACGUCGAGAGAAAGAAUAGAUCUGAAGAUGAGAUUUCAAAUGAACAAUCAGUUGAAAGGCGGAACGAGAGGAAGUGGGGAGCAAUGGUAGUCCUCAAAUCUCUCCAUUUUUUGCCUACAGUUAUGACUGCUGCAUUGAGGGAAGCAACACAUAACUUGCAAGCUGAAAUUCCUGAUGGAUAUAUUCAUCCAGCUACUUCUGGCAAUAUGAUGCAUAUUGCAUUGGUAGGAAUUAACAACCCAAUGAGUUUACUUCAGGACAGUGGUGAUGAGGAUCAGGCUCAAGAAAGAGUCAACAAGUUGGCCAAAAUAUUGAAGGAGAAAGAAGUUAGCUCCAGCCUCAGCAAUGCCGGAGUGGGGGUCGUCAGCUGUAUUAUACAGAGAGAUGAAGGCCGAGGCCCCAUGAGGCACUCCUUUCAUUGGUCGGCAGCUAAACUCUACUAUGAAGAGCAACCUCUAUUGCGUCAUUUGGAGCCACCUCUAUCCAUUUACCUUGAACUGGACAAACUAAAAGAUUAUGAAAAUAUACGGUACACUCCUUCUCGGGAUCGACAAUGGCACCUUUACACUGUUAAAGACAAACCACUAUCCAUCCAGAGGAUGUUUCUUAGAACACUACUAAGGCAGCCUGUAUCGAAUGAAGGUCUGACUGUAUAUCAAGGAUUGGAUCAUGGAGAGACUCAUUCAUUAUGGGCUCUAUCCUUCACGGCAAGGAGCAUUUUGAGAUCUUUAAUGUCUGCAAUGGAGGAGGUUGAACUCAAUGCCCAUAAUUCCACCAUCAAAUCUGAUCAUGCUCAUAUGUACCUUUAUAUCUUGCGGGAGCAACAGAUAAAUGAUCUUUUGCCAUACCAUAAAAGACUGGAGCUACCUGAUGGCCAUGAAGAAGCUGCGGUUGAGAAAAUUUUAUAUAAUCUGGGACAUGAAAUUAAUGCGUCUGUUGGUGUCAAAAUGCAUCGUUUAGGAGUUUGUGAGUGGGAAGUUAAGCUUUGGAUAUCAUCUGAAGGAGAUGCUAAUGGAGCAUGGAGACUUGUCGUCACAAACGUGACUGGUCACACUUGCAUUGUGCAUGUCUAUAGAGAAGUUGAGAAUUCCAGCAACGAGAUAGUCUACAGUUCCAUCUCAGGGGAAGCGCCUUUGCAUGGAUUGCUUGUGAAUGCACAAUACAAGCCUUUGGGAGUCCUUGAACAGAAACGUCUUCUAGCCAGGAAAAGCAACACUACUUAUUGCUAUGAUUUCCCACUGGCAUUUGAGGCAGUUCUGAACAGAUCAUGGACCCAGCAUCCUGGAAUUAACAAGCCUAAAGAUAAAGCAAUACUGAGAGUCACAGAGUUAGUUUUUGCUGACAAGAAAGGUUCUUGGGGUACACCACUUGUUUCUAUCGAGCGACAGCCUGCACUUAAUGAUGUUGGCAUGGUAGCCUGGCACAUGGAAAUGUCGACACCUGAAUUUCCUUCCGGACGGACAGUUUUCGUUGUAUCAAAUGAUGUAACCUUCAAAAAUGGUUCAUUUGGUCCCAGGGAGGAUGCUUUUUUCCAGGCAGUGACUGAAGUUGCUUGUGCACAGAAACUACCUCUUAUUUAUCUUGCAGCCAAUUCAGGAGCCCGUAUUGGUGUAGCUGAGGAAGUGAAAUCUUGCUUUAGAGUUGGUUGGUCUGAUGAAACAAACCCUGAGCGUGGUUUCCAAUAUGUUUAUUUAACUGCUGAGGAUUAUGCUCGCAUUGGAUCUUCUGUGAUAGCACAUGAGUUAAAGCUCCCAAGUGGAGAAACCCGAUGGGUUAUAGAUACUAUUGUAGGAAAAGAGGAUGGUUUGGGAGUUGAAAACUUAACUGGCAGUGGUGCCAUUGCCAGUGCUUAUUCAAGGGCAUACAACGAAACAUUUACUGUGACCUAUGUGACUGGAAGAACUGUUGGGAUUGGUGCUUAUCUUGCUCGUCUUGGUAUGCGGUGCAUACAAAGACUUGAUCAACCUAUUAUUCUGACUGGUUUCUCUGCACUGAACAAACUUCUGGGUCGGGAGGUCUAUAGCUCCCACAUGCAACUUGGUGGACCUAAAAUUAUGGCGACAAAUGGAGUUGUUCAUCUUACAGUCUCAGAUGAUCUUGAGGGUAUAUCAUCAAUUUUGAAGUGGUUAAGCUUUGUGCCAGCAUAUUCUGGUGGUCCACUUCCCAUUUUGAGUCCAUUGGAUCCUCCUGAUAGGCUGGUUGAAUAUCUACCUGAAACAUCGUGUGAUCCCCGUGCUGCUAUAUGUGGUGCCAUGGAUGGUACUGGGAAAUGGCUUGGAGGAAUGUUUGACAGGGAUAGCUUCAUUGAGACAUUGGAAGGCUGGGCAAGAACAGUAGUCACAGGUCGUGCCAAGCUAGGAGGAAUUCCGGUAGGAAUCAUUGCUGUUGAGACUCAAACUAUGAUGCAAGUAAUUCCUGCAGAUCCUGGGCAGCUCGAUUCUCAUGAAAGAGUUGUUCCACAAGCUGGGCAAGUAUGGUUUCCUGAUUCCGCGACUAAGACUGCUCAAGCGUUGAUGGAUUUUAACCGUGAAGAGCUACCACUUUUCAUUCUUGCCAACUGGAGAGGUUUUUCGGGAGGACAGAGGGACCUCUUUGAAGGGAUCCUGCAAGCUGGUUCAACUAUUGUUGAGAACCUUAGAACUUACCAACAACCUGUUUUCAUAUACAUACCUAUGAUGGGCGAACUUCGAGGUGGAGCAUGGGUGGUUCUGGACAGUAAGAUAAAUCCUGAUCACGUUGAAAUGUAUGCAGAACGAACAGCUAAAGGAAAUGUCCUUGAGCCUGAAGGUCUGAUUGAGAUCAAGUUCCGAACUAGAGAGCUGCUGGAAUGCAUGGGUAGGCUUGACCCAGAGCUAAUCAAUCUAAAGUCAAAACUUCAGGAAGCCAGCAGCAGUGGAACAUUCGCGAAUGUGGAAGACUUACAGACAAAAAUAAGAGCCCGCGAAAAGAAACUUUUGCCGUUGUAUACUCAAAUAGCCACAAAAUUCGCGGAGCUUCAUGAUACUUCACUCAGGAUGGCCGUGAAAGGGGUGAUAAAAGAAGUUGUGGAAUGGCCAAAAUCACGUUCAUUCUUCUACAGGAGAUUGCACAGGAGAGUUGUUGAGGAUGAAUUAGUCAAGACGCUGAGGGAUGCUGCCGGUCACCAGUUUGACUAUAAGUCUGCACGGGACACAAUCAAGAAUUGGUUCCUGAACUCAAAGAUGGGAGGAGGCAAAGAAACUUUGUGGAUGGACGACGAGGCUUUCUUUUCAUGGAAGGAUGAUUCUAGAAACUACGAGGAAAAACUACAGGAAUUACGUAUACAGAAAAUGUUGCUUCAGUUGUCCAACCUCGGGAAUUCCACAAUGGAUUUACGAGCACUGCCUCAAGCUCUUGCUGCUUUCUUGAAAAAGACGGAUCCAUCGUUUAGAGAUCAACUGAUGGAUGAACUAAGAGAGGUGCUCCACUGAUUCAGUUGUUUGCACUACCCCAAAAUGUGUGAUCUCAGUUAGGUCUUUUACUCCUCGUACGUAACUUUUUGGUGUCGACAUCUCUAGAAAAAAAGGGUUUCAGUUGCAUGCACGGUACUCGCUUCACUCUCUGUUGAAUCAAACGAAUUGGACAAGCUGUAGUGUAUUGCUGUAUGACUCAGAGGUAUCCUACAACUGUAAUUAGUAGGGAUCGUGCGAGUGAUCUGCUCUGUAGUCUUCACAUAUUACUUGGGCUGAAAAUUUGUGGUAUCCCAAAGUCUCCAUUAAUGUAAAAUUCAUGUUUGUCAGUAACAAUCUGUAACCAAUAUAACUUGUAUUUUUUUUCCAAUAUAUGAAUAAAAUGUAGAGCUGGGGAGAUCACAUGUUUCUCACUGCA